UAACUUUCGAAUCCGCGUGAGUCACUGUUUUCUAUUGGUUUAAUGGACGAUAGUUGACUCUUUAUUGCCUGUUGGAUUUAAGAAGUGAUACUGGUAAACAAACAAGACAGGGAGAAACUCAAGAACCAUGGGGGACUCCAAUCAAUCGUCAGCAGACAAAAUGUCACCGGGUUCUGACGAAGUGUCAGCCAAUCACCAAUCUGAAGAGUAUGAUGAACCAACUAUUGAAUCUGAUGUUGAAGAAGAAUCAAGAGCGGAUGCUGAUGAAGGAGAGACUGAAGAAUUAGUCAUCUUGGAUCCAUCUGCAUCGGAGGUGGAUUUGAAUCAUCGUCGAAUUGCAAAGAUUGAGAACUUGGAGGCACUAACCUGUGUCGAGACACUGUGUCUUCGAUGGAACCUCAUCAAAAAAAUUGAGAAUCUUCACACGCUUACGAUGCUAAAAGAACUGGAGCUUUACGACAACCAAAUAACUGUGAUUGAGAACCUCUCUAUGCUAGUUAAUCUUGAGGUCUUGGACAUCUCCUUCAAUAGAAUAAGGAAAAUUGAAAACUUGGAAGGCCUCACAAACCUAAAAAAGCUCUUCUUGUGUGCCAACAAAAUUUCCCGUAUUGAGAACGUCAACCACUUGAAGAACCUGGAACUUCUCGAACUGGGAGAUAAUAAGAUAAGGGUAAUUGAAAACUUAGAUGGCAUGACAAAUCUGAAGAGUCUAUUCCUUGGAAAAAACAAAAUCACAAGACUGCAGAACUUGGAUUCUCUCAUUCAUCUGGAAAUUCUUGGUGUACAGAGCAACAGACUUACCAAGGUUGAAGGACUGAGUCGCUUGGUGAACCUGGAACAGAUCUACUGUUCCCACAACGGCAUGGAAAAGCUGGAGAACCUCGACAACAAUGCCAAGCUGCAGACUUUAGAUAUGGCCGUCAAUAGAAUCAAAAAGAUCGAGAACAUCAGUCAUCUCCAUCAGUUAGAGGAGUUUUGGUUCAACAGCAAUCAAAUCAGUGACUGGAACGACCUGAAGCAACUGGAGAAUGCUAAAGGCCUCCAGACAGUUUACCUAGAGGGAAAUCCCUUACAGAGGGACCCCAACUACCGACGGAAGAUCAAACUUGCCCUUCCUUCUCUCACACAGAUUGAUGCAACGCUUUGUCGAUAAGUUUGUGAUUUUAAGAGCAACGCUCUGUCAAGAUCUUCCUUCAGUCUCUGAAACUGCCAAAUUGUCAAACUUCAUAUUGGUACACAUGUGUUGUGUUAGUUUUGUGGUGCACAUAAUGUCAUGCAGCUAUUUUCUCUGGUGUCAUGUGUGACGAGACCCAUAAACGUCAAAGCUUUUUUAUCUCAUUUGAACAACCACUUUGAAAAAAAAAUUGAGAACAAAAAGCAAUGUAAAGCACAGCAUUCUUGUAAUUUGAUCAAUCCCCCCCCCCCCC